UUUCCCCCCCUUCCAGUCCGGACACCUUUCCCCCCCCUUCCAGCUCCUGACACUUUCCACCCCUUUCCAGUCCAGACACUUUACCCCCUUCCAGUCCGGAUAACUUUCCCCCCUUCCAGUACGGACACUUUCAUCCCCUUUCCAGUCCAGACACUUCCCCCCCCCCUCCAGUCCGGACACUUUCCCCACCUUCAGUCCGGACACUUUCUCCCCCUUCCAGUCCAGACACUUUCACCCGUCCCUCCAGUUGAUCCGGACAAUUUCACCCCCUUCCCAGUGCCGAACACUUUCACCUCCUUCCAUUCCGGGACACUUUCAUCCCCUUCCAGUCCGGACAACUUUCCCCCCCUUCCAGUCCGGGACACUUUCACCUCCUUCCAG